AGCAUGAGUGGUUACCAAAAAAUCUAGCCGCAGGUAUAUUAAUACUUUUCUACCUUGCGCACAGAUUAUGUUACGGUGUGAACUGCAACACUUAUCCGAAAAAUCUGCCGGCUCCAUUGACGCCAUCGGUGCAAAAAUAGUUGUUGCUCUCACCAUCAGCGCUUCACGCAUUUUUUCGUUUUGUUUCUGUUGCUUUGUAGGUUUAUUGUGCACGUAGUGUGCAUUCACAGUUUCGUACUCGUACAAAAGAAGAUUUAUUUGUUGAAGUGCAAUACACAAUGACAGGUCUACAUGUUUGGAUUGCUGCUUCCUUUGGAGCGCUGUCGCUGGUGCAAGGACAAUUUCAAAUUACCAGUGUCAAUGGCAGACCGGUGCAGCCUUCCGGUGGUAGCAGUGGCGAAAGUUCGUUCCAGAUCACCAAUGUUAACGGCAGCCCGGUCAAUGGUGGUCAGCAAUUACUGGACACCAACAGAAUCCGAGUGGAAGUGCAGUUAGUUCGUUUUGAAAAUCCGCAAAGCCUCAUGUACAACAACAAGUUCUGCGACACAGCAAGCAAGUGUGAUCCACUGUUCACGGCUGAUCUGGAUACACGAACGCCCUUAGCCACUUGGCCAGGCCCGAAGCCCUUCUCCAGCUUUGAGAAAGUUUUUGAGAUCUCCAACACCGAUGUCUUUGAUAUAGGGCGCAGUAUUAUCCGGGACGUUUGUGCUAACACUAAUUUGGCAAAUUUGCGCGUGCAAGUGCAAGAUAUUGACGACGUAACCAAUCCCGAUCUGAUCGACGAAUACGAAUGCAUUUUCGACAUUCGCAGCGUUGCCCCUGACUUCAGCCGGGCUAUUUGGACUUCCGUUGCGGAAUGCAAAAGUCUGCAUCACCCCACACCGCCUCUAGUCAGGCUGUUUUAUCGACAUCGGGAAUAUGCCAUGGCUCGCGAUCCACUCAUGACAUGUUGAGACGGGAAACCAUGUUUUAAGUGGUGCUUUUUAGUCAUGCUCGGUUUCUUUGGAAAAAGAGUUCAUUAAAUAACAUUUUCCAGCACGGGCUGUAUGAAUUUGAUUGUUAAUUAAUUAAUUAAGUAAAGCUUUCUUGAUUCCUUCUGCAGUAUUUUAUUGAUCGAUAUACACCGGCAACUAAAACUGUGGCAAUAAAUAAACCCAACUAGAGUAGUACUUCCAAACAGAGAUCCUUAUUUCAGAAAAACAUUGUACUCGCUUUUGACGAAGACGUAGAGCGCUUAAAUAUGGCCUCCUUGAUCACCAAAAAGUGUGCGAAUACGCUCAUUGUUGGGAUUAAUUGGUCCGAGAACAUGCGGAUGAG